GGAAUAGAUAAAAAAUUAGAUAGGAAAAAUGAGAGAAAAAAACCUAAUAAAAAAAUGAGUAUUGGAAAGAGAAAAUUGAGGAAAAAUUGAUUCACAAGUGAAAAAAUUUAGAUGGUAAAACUGAGAAUUAAAUAAUGACGAAAUGUAGAAAAAUUCUGACAUCCUAGGAUUUCAAUUGGAUUUUCAUUGAAUAGAAAUGGAGUUGCUUCUUGACGUUUUGCGACCAUUAAUAAUAAAUAUCCCUUUAACUUUUUAUCAAAUUAGCCAAAAAUGUGGUUGACACGUUUCUAAAAUGAAAUCAAUACCCAUUUAAAUUAGGCCGGCCAUUAAAAAAAACCUAAAUAAAAUAUCCGAUUAGGCACGUACUCCGACUUUAUAAAUACUAAACCAACCAUUGGUUUUCAACAAUUUAAUUUUGACCAGCAGCAUAAUGACUUAUCUUAAAGUUGCUACCAUUUUGCUUUUGGGCUUCUCUCUGGCCGUAUUUGUUGUUGCAGAUGAAAGCCACGUCUCGAAUCCACCAUCUAACCUCCUGACAUACCUACUUCAAUUUGUCAAAACUUUACUGGAUAGACUACUACAGACUGUUUUCGCAUUGUUGGGCCACGUACCAAUUAUUAGCUCGAUUUUAGAACCAGUUCAAAAGUUAUGGAACAGCAUUUAUCACGGAUUAUAAAUCGACCUUGAAAAUGUAAAAUAA